AUGGAAGGCCCUCUCAAAUUCGUCUAUCUCUUCGUCUGGGCGCUGCCUGGGCAGGUAGCCGCCAAGGUCGAAGAUGCCAAUAUGCUUAGCCGAGCUAACAACGGGCGUCUAGUGGCGGUACUGAGGAACCAUCUCUACAUCGAGGGUGGCAAGAUCUCCACGUAUCUUAACAGAGAAGCGACAUCAGAGAGGGAAUAUGAUCCUGUAAACACCACUCUCUACAUCCCGCUGGAUGUCGACUGGACGAACAGAACGUUGGAACUGAAAGAGAUACAACAUGCAAUCGGAAUGCCAACGGUCGACCAUUCUGGUCUCUGGGCUGACGAACGAGACGGCGGUGCCAUCUAUCGCUGGGCUGGGAGGCGCCAACUCGGCCAACUCGUGGAGAAAGACGAAACGAAAACACUUUGGAAGCUGGAAACAAGCAGCGAUGGGAAUGGCGGUUGGACCGCGACCACGCCUGGGAACCCCGAAGGUUUCAACGCAAUCAUCCGGACGCGAGACGCCGCUUCGGUAUCGUGCGACGGGCUCGGCCUUUACAUCGGAGGCAUCACUGACACGGCGACGGAAUACAACAGGAAGACGCGGGCAAUCCCCGGCACGUUGAUAUACAACAUGGACUCUCGAGAGUGGACAAACUCUUCGAGCCGUGAAGCUUUUCAACCAGAGGGACUACACAAGGUGGGAACGCCCCCCGUGUGUACGACGAGGUUUGGGGGAAAUCCUUUAGUUUUUCUCCUCGGCGGAGAGGCAGUGACAAGUAACAAUCGAAUCUCCAACCUCAGGAGUUUUCAGCAUGUCACGAUUCUCGACCCAGUCAAGAGACAGUGGCAUGAACAGAGGACAACGGGUGGCCCGCCGCUACCGAGAAAGUUUUCUUGUGCCAUUGGUGCUCAUGGGAAGAAUGGAACAUAUGAGAUCUUCAUGUACGGGGGCGCCAUUGGAGACGACGCCCAGAAUGACAUUUGGGUUCUCACUAUUCCGGGCUUCCAUUGGGUGCAAACGAACAGGACCGGGCCUCCGCGCUAUGGGCAUGCGUGCGCUCUAGCUGGGAAGAGACAAAUGAUAUCGGUAGGCGGUCUUGGACCGAAGGGAGGCUUUAAACCGGUUGAUGAAUGGUACGCAGGUAUUGGGGUUUUCGAUCUGUCUACCUUGGAAUGGAAGGAUCGUUACGAAGCGAAUGCUGAGGAUUACGAUUCGCCGAGCCUUGUGAAGGCCUUUUAUGACAACAGAUGA